AUGUGCGCGCUGCUGCUGCUGCGCGAACAACACGCGCAUCGCCGCGGCCACCCGGGGGCACGCAGGGCGGGCGAGCAGCAGCCGGCGUGGGCGCGCGCCGCCGCGGCGCGGCUGCUGUCGUACGACAUCAACAGCCGCACCAAGCCGCACGUCAACGUGGGCACCAUUGGGCACGUCGACCACGGGAAGACCACCCUCACGGCCGCUAUCACGCGGGUGCUGUCAGAGGCGGAUGGCACCACUUCUGCGGUGCCGUUUGACCAGAUCGACAAGGCUCCAGAGGAGAAGGCGCGCGGCAUCACCAUCUCCGCCUCACACGGUCCGUGA